CGCCCUUUCGCAGUCGUAGUUGGUGUGUGUGAAACUACUACGUGAACGAGGUUAUUCAAUUGAAUGUAAGCAGCUAGCGUGAUGCUAAGCUAGCUGUCAGCGAGGCAUCCACGGAUUUCGCUGCCGAGUUACCGACGGCUUUCGCCGAAUGCUUGCGGUCGCAUCCGCCCGGCCGUCUUGACAUUCCCUCUACAUUCCUGGACGAAUUCGUGUCGACUGCCCAGAGUCCGCGAAUUCAAGUCCAUUCCUGAUCUAACCUUUCCUUGCUAACGUAACUUAGCUUGCCGGCUAGUGCUCACAAGCAGGACCCGGACAGACAAGAGUUUCACUUAAGGACCACACCCAGGCAAGAUGUCCCUACACCAGUUUCUGUUGGAGCCCAUCACCUGCCACGCAUGGAACCGUGACAGGACACAGAUUGCCAUCAGCCCUAACAACCAUGAAGUUCAUAUCUACAAGAAGAGUGGAAACCAGUGGGUGAAGACUCAUGAGCUGAAGGAGCACAAUGGCCACAUAACAGGUAUUGACUGGGCUCCCAAAAGUGACCGUAUAGUGACAUGUGGAGCAGACCGUAAUGCCUAUGUGUGGUCCCAGAAGGAGGGAGUGUGGAAGCCCACCCUGGUCAUCCUCAGGAUCAACCGAGCUGCCACCUUUGUCAAGUGGUCUCCACUGGAGAACAAGUUUGCAGUUGGCAGUGGGGCUCGACUCAUCUCUGUCUGCUACUUUGAGUCUGAGAAUGACUGGUGGGUGAGUAAGCACAUCAAGAAGCCAAUCCGCUCCACCAUCCUCAGCCUGGACUGGCAUCCCAACAACAUCCUGCUGGCUGCUGGCUCCUGUGACUUUAAAUGCAGGGUGUUCUCAGCCUACAUUAAGGAAGUGGAAGAGAAGCCAGGCCCUACUCCCUGGGGCAGCAAGAUGCCAUUUGGGGCUGUGCUAGCAGAAUUUGGAGGAGCAGGUGGAGGGGGUUGGGUGCACUCUGUCUCUUUCUCAGCCUCUGGUAACCGCCUGGCCUGGGUCAGCCAUGACAGCACUGUCACUGUGGUGGACAGCUCUAAGACCACUAGUCCCUCACAGCUGAAGACGGAGUUUCUUCCCCUCCUCAGUGUCAUCUUUGUCUCAGAGAACAGCGUUGUGGCAGCGGGCCACGACUGUUGCCCCAUGCUGUUCCGCUGCGACGAUGGUGGAACACUGACAUUUGUGUCAAAGCUCGACCUGCCCAAGCAGAGUAUUCAGAGGAACAUCUCUGCCAUGGAGCGCUUCAGGAAUAUGGACAAGAGAGCCACCACUGAGGACCGCAACACUGCCCUGGACACACUGCACCAGAACAGCAUCACCCAAGUGUCUAUCUAUGAAGGAGACAAAAGGGAUUGUCGCAAGUUCUGCACCACAGGCAUCGAUGGGGCAAUGACCAUUUGGGACUUUAAGAGUCUAGAAGCUUCGAUCCAGGGUCUCCGCAUCAUGUGAAGGAAUCGUGAAUGAAUGAACUGACGCUGCCGCCUCACCUCUCUCCUCGCCCCUCUCCUGUCCGCCCCACCUCCUCUGCUCCUCUGAUGCAGCCAGUAACAUACAUGACUGACCACCUAAAUAGUGUCUGCUGAAGCACUGAUCAGACCAUAACACACUUUUGUGCGCGUGUGCAUACACUUUAUCAUACACACACACACACACACACACACACACACACACACACACAAACACACACUCUCUGAGCUGACGUGUGACAUCACUGUUGAUUUUUUUUUUUGUUGUUGUUGUUUGUUUUUAAAUGAAGGCUAACCAGGGGUCAAAGUGGGACAGUCCUCUGACACGUAUUAAAUCUGACGUGAAAUGUGUGUUUUUAUGUUCUCUAACCUCCUGUACCAAACAUUGAACACUAAAAGGUGCAUUUUAGCCCGGAAUCAGACUGUAUUUCUCCUCAGGUUAACCUGAACAUGAUCUAUGAAUAUCAGUAUUUUAGAAAGAAGGCAUUUGGUGUUGCUCUUCCAGGAGGUCCUAAUAAUUUCCAGCACAUAAAGUCAUUGUUUUGAUUAGGACACCGUUCCCUGAUAUUCUGUGAUCAUGUUGUAGGUUGGCUGUGGAAAGCUGUACGGCAUCUGAUUGUGGAGAGAGAAUGCAGCUGUCUAAACUCUGUGCGAAGUCGUGGCUGGCCAGCACUAGGCUCUGUAGCUACUACACUAAAACAACACAAGAUGGAGGAUUUCUAUGUAACUGAUCAUGAACUAGACAUGAAAUAAAGAUGAAGUACAUUUACAGUACACACCUCA